ACACUGAAAUUUACACUUCUCAGCUAUGGCAGACGGCAAGAAAGAUUUAUUUGUGGUUGCAGUUCAGAAACACAAACCCAAUGAAGAAGAUGACCUUGAGUCAGAGCAAGCUGUGAACACUUCUCCAGAUGUUGCUGCACAGCUAUCUGUGGAAAUUGGAGAGAAGUUUGAAGUUCUUGGGAGAGAUGUGGACUGGUGGCUUUAUGUAAAACAUGUCGGCAGUGGAGAAAAGGGUUACAUUCCCAGCACAUGUGUGGUUCCUCUGAAGGAUGAUUUGACGCAAGAAGAAGAGGAUGGGAUUGCAAAAGGAGCAGAGCUGACUGCAGCUCUGGUGAAUACAUCAGUUGAUCUGAAGUUCUUUCCUGAAGCACCAGUAGAGGCUGAAAACAGAAAACCAUGCCCUGAAGAUUCGGCAAAUAUUUUUUCCAGGUUGGGAUUUAUGUGGCUCACAAGUUUGAUUUUUAAAGGUUUCAAGAGGCCUUUGACAGAUGCAGAUUUAUGGGCUCUGAACAAAACUAACAGAUCAUCAGCAGUUGUUCCACCGUUUGUCAAAAAGUGGAAGGAAGCAGAAAGUUCCAUAAGAGCUUCAGGCAGUGCUCAAACCACAGAACCCACUGACAACGAGAAAGCUGAGCUGAAACCAGAUGAUGCUGAAGAAGAUGUCAAGUUUUCUUCAGAGGAGCAGAAAAAGGAGAAAAGACCUUCCCUAUCAAAAAUCAUGUUUGGACUUUAUUGGGAUAAACUUCUGCUGGCAGUUGUUUUUAAAUUCCUGAAUGAUUGCAUUCAGUUUGUACAACCUCAACUGUUAAGGUUGUUAAUAGGUUUUAUAGAAGAUAAAGAUAAUACUGAAACAUGGCGAGGGUACGUCUAUGGCGUCAGCAUGUUUGUAGUUGCACUAGUCCAGUCCAUUUGUCUCCAGCAGUACUUUCACCUUGUCACUGUGCUUGGGAUGAAAAUCAGAACAGCUGUUAUUGGCAUGGUAUAUUCAAAGGCCCUUCUCCUGAACAACAGCUCACGUAAAGAAUCAACAGCCGGAGAAAUGGUGAACCUAAUGUCUGUUGAUGCACAACGACUAAUGGAUCUCCUUACCUAUGUGAACAUUUUGUGGUCUGGUCCGCUCCAGAUUAUUGUCUCGUUGUAUUUCUUGUACAGUACAAUGGGUCCAUCGAUUCUUGCUGGUGUUGGAGUUAUGUUGCUACUGAUUCCUUCCAAUAUUCUUGUGUCGCGACUUUCGCGAAAGCUUCAGGUGAAACAAAUGGGUGCCAAAGAUAAACGUAUCAAAAUGAUGAAUGAGAUUUUGAAUGGAAUUAAGGUCCUCAAACUUUAUGCUUGGGAAACGUCAUUCAUGAAAAUGGUCUCUAAAAUGCGGAAAACAGAGCUGCAUCAUUUGAGGAAUUUCUCCUACCUUAACGCGUCAUUCGCCUUUACGUUCACUUGUGCGCCAUUUCUGGUUUCAUUAGCUACCUUCGCGAUCUAUGUCAUGACUGGGAAUGAACUUACAGCAUCUAAAGCUUUUGUUGCAAUUUCACUCUUCAACAUUUUACGUUUUCCCCUCGUCAUGUUUCCAAAUGUGAUCAUCAGCUUGAUCCAGGCACGAGUGUCCAUCGUACGCCUGACAGAAUUUCUUUUCCUAGAAGAACUUGAUUCAGAGAAUGUGGCGAAGAACAUGCCGGAACACAUUAGCACACAAGACAUCCACGUUGAGAAUGGGACAUUCAGCUGGGACACGAAUAGCAAACCAGCUUUGAAAGACAUUAAUAUCAACAUUCCCAGUGGUUCUUUGGUUGCUGUUGUUGGCCAGGUUGGUUGUGGGAAAUCUACUCUGCUCUCGGCUCUUCUCGGAGAAACGGAGAAACUGGAUGGAAGGGUUUAUGUGAAGGGAUCAAUAGCCUAUGUUCCCCAACAAGCAUGGAUUCAGAAUGCAACUCUUAGGGAUAACAUUUUAUUUGGAAGAACUUUUGAAUCCAAACGUUACGCCAAGACAAUCUACACGUGUGCACUGCAGACUGAUCUUGACAUCCUGCCUGGAGGAGAUCUCACGGAGAUUGGAGAAAGGGGUAUAAACCUUAGCGGUGGACAGAAACAGCGUGUAAGCCUGGCCCGUGCUGUGUACUUCAAUGCUGAUAUCUACUUGUUGGACGAUCCACUCAGUGCUGUGGACUCACAUGUUGGAAAACACAUAUUUGAUAAGGUCAUAGGUCCAAGGGGAAAACUUAGAAAGAAGACACGUAUCCUUGUCACACACGGGAUUGCCUUCCUUCCCCAAGUGGAUCAGAUCAUUGUCUUACAAGAUGGCAGAAUAUCAGAGGUCGGCACCUAUACUGAGCUGAUCAAGAACAAGGGAGCUUUUGCCGAGUUUUUGAAGACAUAUGCCACAGAGGAACAGACAAAACUUGAGUAUGCCGAAGACCCUACGCCAGAAAUAGUUGUAGAAGACGUGGAGGAAGUGGAUGGUCAGUUCAGUUCAAGACUCAGCCUUGAGAGACUUGAUAGUCACUCGGAUGUCCAACGUCUGAAGCGAGCAGAGAGUAUGUCGGUGAUCACUGUGGACACUGCUGAUUUAGACUGUCAGUUUACAAGACCAGAUCAGGAGCAGGCUGACAGGAUGAUUGAAGAAGAGAAAUCUCAAACCGGAAGGGUGAAACUGAAAGUGUUCUGGGCCUAUGCAAAGUCUCUCACAGUUCCCUUGUCCAUUUGCGUCGUUUUUUUCUUAGUGCUGGCAGAAGCUGCCUCAGUCUCCUCGGGAAUUUGGCUCGCUCGGUGGAGCUCCACGGAUGUAACUUCAGACGACCAACGCGAUCUUUUUCUUGGUGUUUACAGUGCUUUAGGCGUGUCCCAGUGCGUGUUAGUGCUGCUGCAAGCCUUAGCUCUGGCGACUGGAACAAUAAUAGCGUCCCGCUAUCUUCAUCAAAGAAUGCUGGACAACAUUCUGCACUCACCUAUGUCGUUUUUUGAGACCACUCCACAGGGGAGAAUCAUGAACCGCUUCUCUAAGGACAUCAGUGGCAUUGAUGAUAUGGUGCCUAGGAGCGUGUCAUCGUUCCUGCGGACGUUCUUCGCCGUCAUCGCCUCAAUAUUCACGAUAAGCUUUGCCACACCCAUAUUUUUGGUUAUCAUUGUCCCUCUGGGAUUGUUGUAUAUUUUUAUACAGAGGAUAUACGUGGCAAGUUCUCGUCAGCUGAAAAGGAUUGAGUCUGUCAGUCGUUCACCAAUAUAUAACAAUUUUUUGGAGACCAUCAACGGAACCUCCACCAUCCGAGCCUUUGCUCAGCAACAGCGCUUCAUACAAGGCAACUAUGCCAUUGUAGAUGAGAACCAAGUUUCCUACUAUCCCUCAAUAUCAUCAAACAGGUGGCUCGCUAUACGUCUGGAGUUUAUUGGUAACUUGAUUAUAUUUUUCGCUGCUGUUUUCGCUGUCGUUAGCCGCAAUUCUUUACAAAGUGGUCUCGUUGGCUUAUCAGUUACGUAUGCCUUGCAGGUAACCCAAACGCUUAACUGGAUGGUGCGAAUGAGCAGUGAUCUGGAGACGAACAUUGUAUCGGUAGAACGAGUGAAGGAAUACUCAGAGACUCCCACUGAGGCUGAGUGGAUUAUUCCAGAUAAUCGACCCUCAAAGGACUGGCCCGAGGCAGGAAACAUUGUCAUAGAAGAGUUUGACUUAAAAUACAGAGAAGGUUUACCUCUUGUGCUGAAGCAGAUCAAUUGUGAUAUUAAGCCGGGAGAAAAGGUCGGUAUCGUCGGUCGCACAGGUGCAGGCAAGUCAACUCUUACUUUAGCCUUGUUUCGUAUUCUUGAGAGGGCUGGUGGACGAAUUGUUAUCGAUGGUGUGGAUAUCGCCAAGAUUGGUCUUCAGGAUCUGCGGUCACGGCUUACUAUCAUUCCACAGGAUCCCGUGUUGUUUUCUGGAACGCUACGUGUCAAUUUGGAUCCGUUUGACAGUCACACGGACGAGGAGCUUUGGAAGAUUCUAGAGAUGAGUCAUUUGAAGAACUUUGUGUCAGGACUGGAAGAGGGUCUUUUACAUCCCGUGACUGAAGGAGGCGAAAAUUUAAGUGUUGGUCAGCGGCAAUUGGUGUGCUUAGCGCGUGCGCUGCUCCGUAAAAGUAAGAUCCUGGUUCUAGACGAAGCCACGGCCGCAGUGGACCUGGAAACUGAUGAACUCAUCCAGCACACGAUUCGGCGAGAGUUCGCUGACCGCACUGUGUUCACCAUUGCUCACAGGCUCAACACUAUAAUGGACUAUACAAGGAUCAUGGUGCUGGACAAAGGUUUCAUGAUGGAGUUUGACACUCCACAGGCUCUGUUGGCUCAACAGGGAAUCUUCUACAAAAUGGCUCGUGACGCUGGUCUAGCUUGAGGAGCUAGGCACCUUAUGACGGCAUCACAAAGCGAAAGUGCCUCUGAAGGAAAUCGGGAAGAGUGGCUACGUAGGCAUUACUUUUGAGCUGAUGCACGAUGCGCUUAUGUUAUCACUGACCUAUCGGAAAGGAUAUUUUAACAGUAUCAGCGUAAAAAGAAAAGGGAAUGAUAUCUGCGAUUUGGGUCCUAGCAGACAACUUGGCGUGAAUUGUGUGGUGUUGGGCUGAUCUCGAUUAAGGGAAUGUUUAUUUGGCGAUUACAAGUAAUUGUUUUGCGUCCGUGCUCUUGAAUUGCCUUCUCCAUAAUAUUCUUAUCCACGACAAAAAAUUCGUUUGGAAAAUUAUCCUUCCCCUUUUCACUUCAUCUAUGUCUUUCCCGCUCCCCAGCCCCCCUUUUCCUCUCCUCAACCCCCAUAUAUUGGUUUCAGGAUUUUCUUGGCAAGAUUUGUUGUCCCUCUCUCUCCUCAUCCAGUCCAGGCUUUAAGAAGUGUUCUAUGUUGUCUACUUUUGGCCGGACGUGGCGUUGUAAGGAGUCCUUAAGUGACAACAGAGUCAGUGUCAAACACAAAGUAUAUUUAUUAAUGAAAAACUGUAUUCAAACAACCAGAGAACAUUACUUGUUAAAUCUAAUCUUAAUAUGACACGUUUUAAAAAUAACGUGGUCAUCCUCAUGACGUGAUGUAAACAAAGAUGUUUUACAUUCCAUAACAUUUCUAUCUGUCCAAGGCUUACUUCAUCACAGUAUUUUAAACUAGGAAUUAAACUUAAGUAUUAUAUUUACAGAAUCUGGUUUUUUACUAAGUG